AUGUCGAGCGUAUCACAUUUCACGGAGCCUGACCCUAGGCCAGUACUGUUUUUCGAUAUUGAUAAUUGUCUUUAUUCUAGAGGAUGCAACAUCUUCGAUGAAAUGCAAAAGCUCAUAAAUAAAUUCUUCACCACACACCUCUCUCUCACGGUGGAUGACGCCCACCACCUUCAUAUGAAAUACUACAAGCAGUAUGGUCUCGCCAUCGAGGGCCUUGCCCGCCAUCACAAGAUUGACCCCCUCGUAUUCAACCACGAAGUCGACGAUGCUUUGCCGUUGGACAACAUUCUGAAACCAGAUCCCAAACUGCGGAAGCUGCUCGAGGACAUCGAUAGAGAUAAAGUGAGGCUGUGGCUUCUCACUAAUGCAUAUGUCACCCAUGCCAAACGGGUCAUCAAACUGCUGGGGGUGGAUGACAUGUUUGAAGGUGUCACUUAUUGUGAUUAUUCACAGACCCCGCUAGUUUGCAAGCCCAGCCAGACCAUGUACGAGAAGGCCGAGAAGGAAGCAAAAGCUCCCAGUAAAGACAAGUGCUACUUUGUUGAUGACUCUCAUUUGAAUUGCAAACAUGCUGCGGAUCGGGGUUGGAUCACCGCCCAUCUCGUUGAGCCCGAUAUUGCCCUUCCUUCGACACCGGCAUCGCAGUACCUAAUACGAAACCUUGAAGAACUCAGGACCUGCUUUCCGCACCUGUUUAAGCAUGAUACUACGACUGAUGAUUGA